CCGGACAAUCUCCCCCCGCCACCCGCUAAACAGAUCCGAAGUAUUAGAAUCCCAUUUGCCGAAUUCCAAUCACUCCAAUAUCUCGCUCUCCGCCAUGGCAUCUGCUUCCCUGCUCCUCCUUCUCUUCACUUCCACCAUCUCUAUCUUCCUCCCACUAGCCCUUUCUCGACGCUUCGACUACCCCACGGCGAACCUUUCCACCCUAUGGACUCUCGGCCCCUCCCUCGCCCACAAUAUCAGCUACCCCGACGGCUCCACCGUUCUCCCCCUUCUUCUCCGCGGCAACUUAGGCCCUUCCUUCGCUUUCGGCUUCUUCUGCUACGCCCCCUGCUCCACCUUCCUCCUUUCCAUUUACAUCGUCUACACCAACAGUGCCUCUAUGAUCACCAACCUAAUCAUUGCCCCGCCGCGCGUCGUUUGGUCGGCAAAUCCUAACCGUCCCGCGCACCUCAACGCCACUGUUCUUUUCUCCUCCGACGGCGACCUCAUCCUCCGCGACGCUGAUAGCAGCGUCAUCUGGUCCACCAGCACCUCCGGCCACGGUGCGCAAAACCUAAGUGUAUUGGAUUCUGGCAAUCUCGUAGUUUUGAAUCGGGAAGGGAGGCAACUUUGGGACUCCUUUGAUCACCCGACCGAUUCUUUGCUGUUAGGUCAGAGCUUGAGCAAAGGGCAGAGGCUUACGGCGAAUUCCUCUGCUACUAACGCUACUACAGGUCAGUUGUACGUUGAAAUUCUUGAUGAUGGAUUGCAUGCUUUUAUUGAUUCGAAUCCUCCACAACUUUAUUACGCGAAAACAUUCUCUGGAUCUUCGAAAUCCAAAAAUCAGUCCACCUUUGUGACAUUCAAUAAUGGUAGCAUCGACAUUUUUGUGCUAUUUCUCCAACCAGGAGUGCCCGAUUUUUCAAUCCCUUUACCUAGGGAUUCGUCCUGUCAAUAUUUGAGAUUGGAAGAUAAUGGGCACUUUAGACUCUAUGGAUGGAAUAAUGCCCAGUGGAAGUAUUUGGCCGAAGUUUUUGACAUUUUUCCUGAUGAUUGUGCUUAUCCUACUGUUUGUGGUCAGUAUGGGAUUUGCUCAAAUGGGCAGUGCACUUGUCCUCAAAGUGCUGAUGGACAUUCUAAUUACUUUAAGCCGCUUAAUUCAAGGGAAAUCAAUUUAGGCUGCAGUGCUGUGACACCUAUUUCCUGCAAGUCGGUUGAAAGCCACCAAUUUUUAGAGUUAGACAGUGUUUCGUACUUCAAUUCUAUUGAUCCUUCUGCCAUUACAAUGAAUAUGGCUGAUAUAGAGAGCUGCAAACAGGCUUGCUUGAGAAAUUGCUCCUGCAAGGCGGCUCUUUUCCAAUAUGGUGGAAAUGCGUCGAGCGGUUCUUGUUAUCUUCCUUCACAAAUAUUCUCUCUCAUGGACAACAAACCAGCAAUCACUCACUACAAUUCAUCUGCAUUUAUCAAGGUUCAGGCUGCCCUGUCUGUUAGUCCUAGCCCGGUAAAUGACACGGUUGGUUCAGGCACUUCUCAAGGAACCACGACCACUCAAAGUUGGAGGAAGAAGCUUGUAAUUGGACUUAUAUCAGGUUUUAUAGUGGCGGGCUUAAUUGUCGCCUUUAUCAUCAUAUAUGUGAGAAGAAGAGCAAAGCAGCUGGAAGAAGAAGAAGAAGAUCAAUUUGAUGAAAUUCCUGGAAUGCCGUCUAGAUUUUCAUAUGAGGAACUGAAGUCUGCUACAAGAAACUUCGAAGAAAAGCUCGGGAAAGGAGGAUUUGGCACUGUUUUCAAGGGAACAUUGAGCAAUGGAACUAAUAUUGCGGUGAAGAGGCUGGAUGGUGUUGGUCAGGCGAAAAAGCAAUUCUUGGCAGAAGUUGUGACAAUUGGUAGUAUCCAUCAUAUAAAUCUUGUUAGUCUAGUUGGAUUUUGUGUUGAGAAGUCUCACAAACUUCUUGUCAUGGAGUACAUGCCCAAUGGAUCACUUGACACAUGGAUAUUUGGAAAAACAAAAGAUUCUGCCCUAGACUGGCGAAAUAGAUGUAACAUCAUUCUUAACAUAGCUAAGGGGCUCUCAUACCUCCACGAAGGAUGCAGGCAUACGAUUGUUCAUAUGGACAUUAAGCCCCAAAAUAUUCUUUUAGAUGAAAAAUUCAUCGCCAAGGUUGCAGAUUUUGGCUUAUCUAAACUGAUUGAUCGGGAUCAAAGUGAGAUUAUGACCAGAAUGAGAGGAACACCUGGAUAUUUAGCCCCGGAGUGGUUGACAUCAAUAAUUACUGAAAAAGUGGAUGUUUAUAGUUUCGGUAUCGUUGUCUUGGAGAUCAUUUGUGGAAGAAAGAAUCUCGAACCUUCCUUGAAUGAAGAAGCUGUAAAUUUAGUUGGUUUAAUCCAAGAAAAGUUGAAAGAUGAUCGGUUAGUAGAAUUAUUUGAUCAAAAUAGCAAUGAUAUGCAAGCACGCAAGGAAGAAGUCCUUGAGAUGAUGAGACUUGCUGUAUGGUGUCUACAGAGUGAUUGCAAUAGAAGGCCUUCUAUGUCCAUGGUUGUGAAGGUUUUGGAAGGCUUCUCAGAUGUGGAUGUUAACAUAGAUUAUGAUUUGCUAGGUAAUGAUUAUGCACAAAUAAAAUUACCUGAGAUAGGUUCUCCAAGUCUCGUUGAUAACAAUGAACAAUAUUCAGAGCUAGUUGGUAGGUAAAAAUCUUCAACUCACAUUCAAAUUGAAGCUAUCAAAGGGUACAGCUGAGUUCAAUUCGCUAUGGUAAAUAGGCAAGUGUAUGAUGCAAGACAAGCUAAAAGUCUUUUCUUUAAAUCAUUUAU